UCAUGGAGAGUGUCACUGCGACUAACUGGAGCGCCGCCCAGGCGGACAAUGCGAGCUCGGCGUUGGAGGGCAACCUCACAGCCGGUCCGCCGAAGCGCAACGAAGCGCUGGCGCGCGUGGAGGUGGCGGUGCUGGCUCUCAUUCUCUUCCUGGCGCUGAGCGGCAACGCGUGCGUGCUGCUGGCGCUGCGCACUACGCGCCACAAACACUCGCGCCUCUUUUUCUUCAUGAAGCACCUGAGCAUCGCCGACCUGGUGGUGGCCGUGUUCCAGGUGCUGCCGCAGCUGCUGUGGGACAUCACCUUCCGCUUCUAUGGGCCCGACCUGCUGUGCCGCCUUGUCAAGUACCUGCAGGUGGUGGGCAUGUUCGCCUCCACCUACCUACUGCUGCUCAUGUCGCUGGACCGCUGCCUGGCCAUCUGCCAGCCGCUGCGCUCCUUGCGGCGCCGCACCGACCGCCUGGCCGUGCUGGCCACGUGGCUGGGCUGUCUAGUGGCCAGCGUGCCACAGGUGCAAAUCUUCUCCCUGCAAGAGGUGGCCGAGGGCGUCUUCGACUGCUGGGCAGUCUUCAUCCAGCCCUGGGGGCCCAAGGCUUACAUCACGUGGAUCACGCUCUCGGUCUACAUCGUGCCGGUCAUCGUGCUGGCCGUCUGUUACGGCCUCAUCAGCUUCAAGAUCUGGCAGAACCUGCGGCUCAAGACAGCAGCGGUGGCCGAAGGGCCACAGGAUGCAGCCUUGGGUUAUGAGGGGUUCGGGGCCCUGUCGCGCGUCAGCAGCGUCAAGCUCAUCUCCAAGGCCAAGAUCCGCACCGUCAAGAUGACCUUUAUCGUCGUGGUGGCCUUCAUCGUGUGCUGGACGCCGUUCUUCUUCGUGCAGAUGUGGAGUGUCUGGGAUGCCAAUGCGCCCACGGAAGCCUCGGCCUUCAUUAUCGCCAUGCUCCUGGCCAGCCUCAACAGCUGCUGCAACCCCUGGAUCUAUAUGCUCUUCACGGGCCACCUCUUCCAUGAACUUGUGCAGCGCUUCCUCUGCUGUUCCUCUAGGUACGUGCAGGGCAGCCGGUCCAGAGAGAUGAGCACCAGCAAAAAGAGCAACUCGUCCACUUUUGUCCUGAGCCGCCGCAGCUCCAGCCAGAAGAGCUCUGCCCAGCCUGCCACGGUGUGAUGCUGCCUGGGUCAGGACUGCCCUCGGAAGUUCA